AUGAAACAAGAGUAUCAACAAGUAUUUAAUCCUAGGAAUGCAUCUUCUAAUAAUAAUAAAUAUAAUACUAAUAAUAAUAAUAACAAAAUGUCAUUCAUUGAUGAAACUAAUAAUGUAACAUUAAAAGUUAAAGUGAAUCAACGAAAUAAUAAUAUGCAUAUUAAACAAUCAAGAUUGAGAAAACCAUUACAAAAUGAUAAAUUUCUAUUAAAUUAUUUUGAAUUUGAUAAACAACAACAUUCAAAUGAUUUAACUGUUUACAAAAUUGUUAAUAUUACAAAUAGUAGUACAUCAUCAGCUCCACCAUCAAUAAUUCCUAAUGUUAUUCAACAGUAUCAUCAAGGCUUGACUGCAAUAUCACCAUCAUCAUUGGAAUCUAAUGAUUUCAUUUCUAAUAAUUAUAGUAAUUGUAAAAUUAGUAAGAAUCAUGGUAGAAGAAGAUUAUCAGUUGAUAGUAUUGUUACAACUGAGAAAGUUAAAGUUAAAUCACCACUCUCUCCUCAAAUUGUAAAUUAUUCUAAUAAUAAUGAAUCUAAUUCAAGCAAUGCUACCACCACUAAUAGUAGUACUAGUACUAGUUGUAGUAGUAAUGAUUGUAAUAUAACUGAUAGUAAUGAUAAUUAUUAUUGGGAUUUACUUCUUUCAGAAUUACAACAGGAAGAAACCAAAGGCUUGGAAUCAUCAUCCUCACAUGAUUCACUUUCUACCACAACAACAUCACCAACAACAUCAACAAGUGAAGUAGACGCGAACAACGUACCAUUAUUAUAUUAUUUAUUAUUUAAUAGUAAUAAUAAUAUUGAUACUAAUAGUAAUAAUAUUGAUACUAGUACUACAACAAUUACAACUACUACCAAUAAUAAUGAUUUAACAAUAACAACAAAUAAUGAUGAUAAAUUAGUAUCAAAUAAUAAUAAUAAUAAUAAUAAUAUUGAAAAUGUACUAGUGGAUAAUAACAUUAAAUCAUCAUCAUCAUCAUCCAAUAAUAAUGAACCACAACAACAUCCACAACCAAAUCCACAAGAACAAACACAACAUGAACAAACACAACAAUCGGAUCAACAAGUACAAACUAAUGAACCACAAGCACAACCAUCUCCUCAACCACAAGCACCUCAACAAGUACCACCAACACAACAACAAGAAGUAGAACAUUCAGUAGUUGAAGAAGAAAAGAAAGAAACUCCAUCAAAUAUUCCACCACCACUAUUAAAACGUGAAAAGACAGAAAAGGAGAAACAACAAGAUUUAAUAUUUGAAGAAAUUGCUAAAUUAUUAACUAAUCCAGAUCAAACAAGUGAAGGAUCCUAUGGAUGGUAUAGAAAACAAUUAGAUACCAAUAAUAGAUUAGUAUAUGAUAAUAAUGAUCAACAAGAUAAUUAUUCAUUACCUAAAGAAGAAGAAGAAGCAGAUAAUUUAUUAAAUAUUGAAGAUGAAUCAAUUUUCAAUAAUAUUGAAUUAAAUAAUGAAAGUGAUGUUGAUGUUUUUUGUGGAAUGGUCUCUCCAUCAUUCUCCAACAACAAGCCUUCAAUAACAAUGAACAAUACAAUUACAGAUGAUGAAUGUAUUGAACCAAGUCUAAAUCUUGAUGUUAUUGAUUUUAUUCAGAGUUGGGAAUUAUUAAAGAUGAUGACAACUCCAAAGCAACAAUUAUUUAAUAGAAAGCCUUUUGACAAGCCUUCUAUUCACCAAAUGUCAGCCUUCAAUAAUAUCCAAUGUACUAAAAUCACCUCAACUGUUAUGAAUUCUAUUGAUGCUGAUAUUAAGUGCACUCCAUCACACUCAUCCACAUGCCAUAUUGUAUUACCAUCACCAACUGAGACAUUAUCUCUACUGACACUUAACACCUCACCUCCUCAUCAGCAACCCUUCAAUGCUAAUACUAUUGAAAAUAGCCUGACCAAUACCAUUUCUAAUACUGACAUUGCUGAUAAGGUACUUUUAACCAAUUUAGAAUCAUAUCAAUUUCCCAAGAAUCCUUAUCAUGAACAUUAUGAUCAAUCACCACCACCAUCAAAUGAUAUAUCCAUGAUGCCACUCCAACAACAAACUAAUGUAAACAAUACAUUCAACAAGAAGGAUGAUAAUCGUAUUCUAAAGAGAAAGAGAAAGAUUUCUAAUGUAUCUUCAUUCGAAUCAGAAAAGAGAAAAACCUCAAUUUCAUCCACCACACCACCUACAACAUGUUCAAGUAAUUCAUCCUCAAUUGGUAAUAAUAGUUCAUUAUCAACAAAUGUGCACUCACAACAAUCAUUCAAUAAUUGUAUUAUAAUUUCAAAUCCAAAACAUUUGAAAAGAAGAAGAAAAUAUCAAAAGAGAAAGAAUUCAGCCAAUACAAAUCCUGCUCAAACUCAAAUGGAAUUUCACUUUCCAGUUUGGACUUUUCAUUUAGAAUAA